GUUGAGUGUGAUGCGAAUGGUUUGUGUAUGUAAUAGCUGUUGACACUCAGUGCGCCAUGCGGUGAACCGCCGCCGGCUGCUAUCAGCACGCGCGGAUAUGGUUGACCCCCUGAAAAUAUUUUGGGUUUUAACAAACAGUACUUAUUUAGUGACCAAAUUCAUCCGAAUUGGCAUCGCGGAUAAAAAUGACAAUCCGCCUUAUUUCGACAAGGAGCUAUACGAAGCGGAAGUGGACGAAAAUGAAGACAUCCAACAUACAGUCCUCACGGUCACCGCCAAAGAUCACGAUGAAUCAUCGCGUAUUCGAUACGAGAUUACGAGCGGGAACAUAGGAGGUGCGUUCGCUGUAAAGAACAUGACUGGCGCCAUCUAUGUGGCGGGCGCACUCGACUAUGAAACAAGAAAACGGUACGAGUUGAAGCUGGCUGCAUCGGACAACCUUAAAGAGAACUACACGACGGUGGUGAUUCACGUGAAGGAUGUGAAUGAUAAUCCCCCGGUGUUCGAGCGGCCUACAUAUCGAACUCAAAUUACAGAAGAAGACGACCGCAAUCUUCCCAAGCGGGUGCUACAGGUAACAGCUACAGAUGGUGACAAAGACAGACAGCAGAACAUUGUUUACUUCCUCACGGGUCAAGGCAUUGAUCCAGACAAUCCAUCUAAUAGCAAAUUUGAUAUCAACCGAACAACUGGAGAGAUAUUCGUUCUUAAGCCAUUAGAUCGUGAUCAACCAAAUGGAAGACCUCAAUGGAGAUUCACUGUAUUUGCUCAAGAUGAAGGAGGUGAAGGGCUUGUAGGUUAUGCUGAUGUUCAAGUUAAUCUUAAGGACAUUAACGAUAAUGCACCAAUAUUCCCGCAAGGUGUCUACUUUGGCAAUGUUACAGAAAAUGGGACAGCAGGCAUGGUUGUUAUGACUAUGACUGCCAUAGAUUACGAUGAUCCAGCUGAAAGUAACAAUGCGAAAUUAUGGUAUUCUAUUGAGAAAAAUGUAAUAGAAGAAGAAACAGGUUCCCCAAUAUUUGAAAUAGAACCAGAAACCGGUGUCAUUAAGACAGCUGUAUGUUGUUUGGAUCGUGAAAGAACGCCCGAUUAUUCUAUACAAAUCGUAGCAUCAGACGGAGGAGGGUUGAAAGGAACUGGUACAGCGUCUAUAAGAGUAAAAGAUAUAAAUGAUAUGCCACCUCAAUUUACUAAAGACGAAUGGUUUACAGAAGUAGAUGAAACAGAUGGGACUAAUUUGCCAGAAAUGCCGAUUCUAACAGUAACUGUUCACGAUGAAGAUGAAACUAAUAAAUUUCAAUAUAAAGUAAUUGAAAAUAGUGGAUACGGUGCCGACAAAUUUACUAUGGUUAGAAAUAAUGACGGUACUGGUUCAUUAAAAAUCGUUCAGCCUCUUGACUAUGAAGACCAGUUACAAAGCAAUGGUUUUAGAUUUAGAAUACAAGUUAACGAUAAAGGAGAAGACAACGAUAAUGACAAAUAUCAUGUAGCUUAUUCGUGGGUAGUUGUUAAACUUAGGGAUAUAAAUGACAAUAAACCACAAUUUGAACGAGCAAAUAUUGAAGUAUCCGUGUACGAAAAUGCAGAAGUUGGCAAAAGUCUUGAAACAUUUAAAGCUACAGAUCCGGAUCAAGGCGGUAAAAGUAAAGUUUCAUAUGCUAUCGAUAGAUCAUCGGACAGAAAAAGACAGUUUUCUAUAAGCCAAGAAGGUACUGUAAGUAUUCAAAGAUCUUUAGAUAGAGAGGAUACGCCCAGACAUCAAGUAAAAAUAUUAGCUAUAGAUGACGGAGUUCCUCCUAGAACAGCUACAGCAACUUUAACCGUUAUUGUGCAAGAUAUUAAUGACAAUGCGCCUACAUUCCUUAAAGAUUACAGGCCAGUUUUAACAGAGCACAUUACACCUAAAAAAGUAGCUGAAAUUUUGGCCACUGACGAUGAUGACAGAUCUAAAAGCAACGGUCCUCCAUUCCAAUUUAGACUUGAUCCUGGUGCUGAUGACAUAAUAAGAGCGUCAUUUAAAGUUGAACAAGACCAAAAAGGUGCCAAUGGUGAUGGUAUGGCGAUUGUUUCCUCGCUUCGUUCUUUCGAUAGAGAACAGCAAAAAGAGUAUCUCAUUCCUAUCAUAAUAAAAGAUCACGGGAAUCCAGCAAUGACUGGAACUAGUACUUUAACCGUAGUAAUUGGCGAUGUCAAUGAUAACAAAAUGCAACCUGGAUCUAAGGAAAUUCUUGUAUACAAUUACCAAGGUCAAGCACCAGAUACUGAAAUUGGAAGAGUUUAUGUGUAUGAUUUAGAUGAUUGGGACUUACCCGAUAAGAAAUUUUUCUGGGAAAGUUCUGAACAUCCAAACUUUACAUUAAAUGAAGAAACAGGUAUGGUACAAAUGAGACAUAAAACCAGAGAAGGCAGAUAUCAUUUGAAGUUCAAAGUUUAUGAUAGGAAACACACCCAAACUGAUGUGCCUGCUAACGUCACUGUGUACGUAAAGGAAAUAUCACACGAUGCAAUCAUAAAUUCAGGUUCAAUACGAAUAUCUGGAAUAUCGGAUGAAGAUUUUAUACGGGUCUGGAAUUAUAAAACAUUAAGUGUAUCUCGAAGCAAGUUAGAUAUAUUUAAAGACAAAUUAGCCGAUUUACUUAAUACUGAACGAGAAAAUAUUGAUAUUUUCAGUGUUCAAUUGAGAAAGAAACAUCCACCAGUAACUGAUAUUCGUUUUUCAGCACACGGUGCACACUAUUAUAAACCAAUCCGGUUAAAUGGAAUAGUAUUAAUGCACAGAGAGGAAAUAGAAAGAGCUGUUGGAAUAAAUAUUACUAUGGUUGGUAUUGAUGAAUGUAUUUAUGAAAAUCAAAUGUGCGAAGGAUCUUGCACAAAUGUCCUGGAUAUAAGUAAUUUACCAUAUAUGGUCAAUUCUAAUAAAACUGCGCUUGUCGGUGUAAGAGUUGAUGUUAUAGCGGAGUGCACGUGUGGUGCGAGAAACUUCACACAAGCCGAGACCUGUCGAAAUUCUCCUUGUUACAAUGGUGGUAGAUGUAUAGAAGGUAAAUAUGGCUUAACUUGCUCAUGCCCACCUGGCUAUACAGGUCCAAGAUGUCAACAAACAUCAAGAAGUUUUAGAGGCACCGGAUGGGCGUGGUACCCAUCUUUGGAGAUGUGUGAUAGCUCUCAUUUAAGCUUUGAAUUUAUAACACGAAAAUCAGAAGGUGUUUUACUUUACAACGGACCAAUAGUCCCACCCGAACCAGAAGAAAUAGUCGUGUCAGAUUUUAUUUCUGUUGAACUAGAAAGAGGAAAUCCCAGAUUACUUAUAGAUUUCGGAUCAGGCACAUUAGAACUAAGAGUGAAAACUAAAAAGUCAUUAGAUGACGGCGAAUGGCAUCGCUUAGAUAUAUUUUGGGAUACUGAAAACGUAAGAAUGAUUGUUGAUUUCUGUAGAUCAGCAGAUAUCCAAGAAAUGGAAGACGGCACACCGCCAGAGUUCGACGACUCAACGUGUCAAGCAUCUGGUAGCAUACCUCCAUUUAAUGAAUAUUUAAAUGUGAAUGCACCAUUGCAAAUUGGAGGUCUUUACAUCGAACAUUUUGAUCCUACGCAUUAUCAUUGGCAAUACAUGCCUAUUGGGAAAGGUUUCGACGGAUGUAUUAGGAAUUUAAUACACAACAGUAAAUUGUAUGACUUAGCACAUCCUGGACUAUCACGAAAUUCUGUAGCAGGCUGUCCACAAACUGAGGAAGUUUGCAACCAAGCCGAUACUACAUCAAGAUGUUGGGAGCAUGGCACUUGUGUUGGUAGUUUUUCAGAAGCUAGAUGUCAAUGUCUACCAGGCUGGACAGGGCCAUCGUGCAAUUUACCAACAACGCCAACAAGUUUUAGACCCCAGAGCUACGUUAAAUUCGCAUUAAGCUUCGAACCUGACAGAUUUAGUACGCAAAUUCAACUACGAUUUAGAACUCGAGAACCUCACGGAGAACUUUUUAGAGUGAGUGAUCAGCACAAUCGUGAAUAUGGAAUUUUAGAAGUAAAAGAUUCACGACUGCAUUUCCGAUUCAACCUAAAUUCGUUACGGACAGAAGAACGCGACGUUUGGCUAAAUUCUGUAGCAGUUGAUGAUGGCCAAUGGCACAUUGCUCGUGUCAGCAGAUACGGUAGUGCCGCCACUCUUGAAAUUGAUGGUGGCGAAGGAAGAAGAUACAAUGAAACGUUUACAUUUGAAGGACAUCAAUGGCUUCUUGUUGAUAAACAGGAAGGUGUAUAUGCAGGAGGCAAAGCUGAAUACACUGGUGUGAGAACAUUUGAAGUAUAUGCCGAUUUCCAAAAAGGAUGCUUAGAUGAUAUCAGAUUAGAGGGCAAGCAUCUACCAUUGCCUCCAGCAAUGAAUGGCACUCAAUGGGGUCAAGCAACUAUGGCAAGAAAUUUGGAUAGAAAUUGCCCAUCUAAUAGUCCCUGCAUCAAUGUUCACUGCACCGAACCAUUUGUUUGUGUUGAUCUUUGGAACGAAUACGAAUGCACCUGCGGUGAGGGUUUGGUAUUGUCUCCGGACGGCAAGGGUUGCGUAGACAAGAACGAAUGUCUCUACUUCCCGUGCCGCAACGGCGGCUCGUGUGUCAACCGGGAGCCGGGCUAUCGCUGCCAUUGCCCCGAGGGUUUCUGGGGCGAGAACUGCGAGCUCGUUCAGGAAGGCCGCACGCUCAAGCUCAGCAUGGGCGCGCUGGCGGCCAUCCUCGUCUGCCUCCUUAUUAUCAUGAUUCUCGUGCUGGUGUUUGUGGUGUACAAUCGGCGUCGAGAGGCGCAUAUUAAAUAUCCAGGUCCAGACGACGAUGUUCGCGAGAAUAUAAUAAACUACGACGACGAGGGCGGCGGCGAAGAUGACAUGACAGCCUUUGAUAUUACGCCCCUUCAAAUUCCAAUCGGUGGACCGCUCCCUGAUCAUGUACCAUCCAAACUGCCAUAUCCGUUGUUGGGAGUGGGCCUAGGAGUCGGUCCAAUGGUUGGAGUAGCACCCGCUGUGGGUGUACCUCUGCCAGGGGAAACGAAUGUGGGUAUGUUCAUCGAAGAGCAUAAGCGGAGGGCUGACAGCGACCCAAACGCACCACCUUUCGACGACCUCAGGAAUUAUGCGUAUGAAGGCGGCGGUAGCACUGCCGGCUCUUUAUCUUCGCUUGCUUCCGGAACUGACGACGAAGUACACGAGUACGACUACCUGGGCGCGUGGGGACCGCGGUUCGACAAGCUCGCCGACCUGUACGGCCCCGACCUCGACGAGCAGCUGUAGAUCUCAUCCUCUUCCCGCGCACCCCGACGACGAUUAGUCAAUUUCUCCCCUCUCCGCUCGGCGCGCACAUCUCCGUGACGUCUCCCUGACGUCUCCGCGACUCCUCCGUGUCGUCGCGUUGACGUUCAGUCGCGACUACGAGUAUCUGAACCCAUUUUCUAAGAGUUUAUUUUAUACUUUAAGGAUCGUUAGCUUAAGUACCUCUAUGUUAGGGCAUGUGUACGUUUGAUUGCGUAAUUUUCUAUGAGGUUUCCCAACCGAAUACUUCACCAAAUAUUUGAUAUAAGUUUUAUUCGAGUUAACCAUAUUAUGAGUCAGUAUUUUAUUGGAAGCUAACGAGAUAAGUGGAUUUCUGCUGGAGGGCCAGAUGUGAAUCUGAAUCGUGGGUGUUUGUAGAUAGUGUGCUAUAAAUGUGAAUAAUUUAUACGAGUAUUUUGUAAGUCCACAGCUUUACGUGAUAUCACUCCACGUACGGCCCUUCUGCAUUAAAUCAAUGUACCUACUAUGAAAAUAUGUUAUAUUUUAUAUUAAUUAUAAUAAUUAAUAGAGUCCCUUUGGACGUCGAGUUUAUAAUGCUCAUUCGAUAUGGGAAAUAUUCACUGGGGAUGUAUAUACGAUAAAUUAACGGCUACCCCAAUUAUCUUAGUUUAAUGUAAAACAAUUUACAUUCUACUUGAAAUUUCCAUGUAAGUGAACUGUACAGUAACUGGUGUUCCUCUCCGAGUCUCCAUGUAGUAUUAGACGGUAUAAAUUAGAAUAUCUACGAAGGUCUACGGUCUACUCGUAAUAGUAGCUAAUUAAAUAAUAGUUUUUGAUUGUGAGGAGUUUCAUUCAAAUACUAGUGAGAUUGAAAGAUGGAUGCGAGGCAGUGCGAUGGUGCAGUGGGUGCGUGCGUCGUGCGCGCGCUACGACCGCGUCACUGGCACGUCACUGGCACGUAACGGGCGCGUUAGUGACGUCACCGACGCACUGCCGGUGUGAAUGGGAAAGUGCCAAUCUAUUAGCGUCAUGACGCAGCUAAUGACCGUAGAGUUAAGUGUUUGCACUUUAUUUAUUCAAUAUAUUUAAAUAUAAAUUUAGUCGCACCUAGAAAAAUAUCAAUAACUUACUAAGAGUGUUGUGCUAGGAUUAUACCAUCGAUUUUGACGUGAGAUAGUUAUUGCAACCGUUAGAAGUCACUAAUUUAAUGCUAAUUUUUAAGAAUUUAUAGUAAAAUAAUUAAAUAAAUUACAGGUUCUUUAAAACUGUCUCACAUCGACAUCGAACUAGGAUCAGUGUAAAUUUUAGAAUAUACUGUAUUGUGUUUAAAAUGACUGAUUUUAUUAUGCGUUUGAAGCCUAAGAUUUUGUAGAUUCGGUUGUUUAAUUAUAGACUUUGAAUAUCUACUAUAAGAUCACCUCUAGUUUGCACUCAAAAACUACUCGUCUCUAUAAUAAAGCAAUUCUCGUUAAUUACUAAUCAUGUAAGUAGAAGUUUAAUGGUUGUCCGAAAAUGAUUUACGUUUUUAUUAUUCCUUUAUAUAAGUAUAUCAUUACACUGCCAGUAAUCAUAUAGACGAUUUAUAAUAUAAAGAAUUUUUGUCCGUUUUUUGUAUUUCGGUGUUUACAAAAAGGUGGUAUAUUAUUUUUAAACUAUUUAUUAUUAAACAUCAUCCCCUCGCGACAGAAUUGUGCAUUUAAAACACUCUCUAGCUCCACUUUUAUAUAAGCUCUGCGUUGUCUCAAAUCGUGUACUUUUACUAAAUAAUUGUUAUCAACCAAAGAGUUAUUUGUCCCAGCAACACGCGUUGCUUUAUCACAUUUUAAAGUGAUAUUAAAUAAAAUAUCGAAUAACUCGAAAUUGUACUUAUCGAAUUUAAACGUUAGUGCAAUUAUCGUUAUAAGUAAAACAUUCACACGAUUUUCCAUCAUCUUUUACAUAAUGUUUAAAAAUCGAAAUUAUUUAGCGUCUUUGAAAAGCAUCAACACGCUGCUUGCACUUUAUUUCGAUGGUCCAUUCUUCUCACCAAAUAACCUGUACACCUAAUUAAGACAGCAGAGCACAGAAUCCGAGUACAAAUUGUGAGCGGUGUGAAGUUCGCGCUGCAACCAACACCGGAGCACAUAAUUUUAUUUUAGACACUAAUAUUAUUAUACCGACAUAGUUAUGUUUUGUUUCAACUGUGAUUAUUUAGUUGUACAACUCUGACGAUUACAUAAAAGAAUG